CCUAAACUGAGCCCGCCGCUGCUUCUCCAGUCCGCACGAAGCGCCCCACAAAAUGCCGCGGCUGACGCCGGCGCACGCCACCCUCAUCCUGGACCACGUCCUGGGCGAUCCCUCGAUCCCCACCGCAGUCACCAUCGCGUUAAUCGCUGGGAUCCCCUCUCCCUCCGAUCCGACCCCGCGCCUCCGCCGCGGGGUCCUUCUCCGCCGCCUCGCCACCGACCCCGUAUCCGAAUCCUCUCUCGAAACCCUCCACCUCCUGGCCUCGCUCCCGGCCUGCGCCUCCCCCAUCGCAGCCGCCCACAUCGCCGUCGCGGCAUUCCUCGCGGCCUCCGCGCCCGACUUCGACGCCGUCGCCAGGGCUCUCUUCGCGCGCCCCGACGGCCGCGCGCGCCAAGCGGUCCACGGCGGAAGUUCCCCCGCGCUCGCAUCCGACGAUGCCAUCGCCACAGUAGACCAGUUCGAGGCUGCCGUCGGGAUGUCCUCCUCUCAGACCAUCCUCAGGGUCCUGUGGGGCAACCGGGCCGCCGUGGAGGAGCGGGUCCAGGAGCUCCUCGCUGCUGAAUGGGCCGCGAUUGGCCCGUCGCGGCUCGAGGCGUUGGCUAUGCGGAUCGUCGGGGAUGGGGCCGUCGAUACAUGGGGUGCCGCAGAUGAGGCCAUGCGUGCCAAUUUGCGCAUCUUGGCUGGGGAAGCAAAAACGCGCGAGAUUCUCGACAAACUUGAAAAAACUACCUGCAACACAAAUCCAAUUUCAACACCAGCUGUUGAGAAGGUGAUGGAUGCGCUCAAAGCAAGCUGUGCUGACCUCCACAGCAUUGUGGAGGAUCCCCUUCCAGCUGCAAAGGCAGUUGCAGAUGAGUUAUUGACUGCGAGGAUGGAAAAAUUAGUUAGCCUGAAUGCCCAAGAAGUAGGAGGGCAGCCAACAACUUGUGGCGUUGCAGGACCGAGUAUUCAUAAUGACAAAGACAAUGGUCCAGGUAUAGGCAAACCUCACAGCCUUAUGGAGCGGAACGCAACAGCACGAACCUCUCAGUGGGAGGAGUCACUUGGUCUUGAUGGUUCGGAACCACCCUCACCACCGAGACCACACUUGCCUAGCCCAAGGAGACUACCACCUUCUCCUUUGUCACCGCCUGGGAACAAAAACAAUAAUCGGAGAAAGGCAAGGAGGUGGAGCUUGUUCGAAGAAGAAACCUUAAGAAAGGGUGUUGAAGAGUAUGGUGUUGGCAAUUGGAGGGAUAUUCUAGAUAACAAUGCUGAGGCUUUUACCGGCAGGACACCGGUGGACUUGAAGGACAAGUGGAGGAACAUGCUUUUCCGUUGAUGUAACGGGGAAACAUGUAGCUGGACAUGCUUUACUAGGGUAAAGUACCUAGCAAUUAGCAUGUAGUCCUCGUACAUCACAGCAGACUCUUGGUCAAGCUUUUCUGGCAGCUGCAGCUACAUGAUUUUGUGUCUCGGUGUAGUAGCAGCCGCAGCUUUUCUGGCAGCUGCAGCUACAUGAUUUUGUCUCGGUGUAGUAGCAGCCGCAGCCCAAACGGUUGGCUUUCCUGGCAGCUGCAGCUACAGUAUUUUGUGACGGUAUGCUUACCGAGUGGCUGAUUCGCGCACUGACGUAUUAUGGACUCGAUUUUGUAUUUUUAUUAUGUACAUUGUCCUGCAUGCUUGCAUUGUACUAGCUUUACUCAUAUAUUUGGAUGAAUAGGGAUCGGAAAGGUGACCCCUUGUAGCAGAGCAAAUUUAGGUGUCGUUUGGUUCACGAAAUGUAAUAUAAAUAGUAAUGGUAACGAUUCACACUUGAAUACCAGCACUAACAAAUUUGAAU